AUGUCAGUCAGCGCCCCCUCGAGCCCCUUUGACCGCGCUGCCUUGGAAACAAGGUGGCGUGAAUAUCUCAGGGAUGCGCCUCCGCCUGCGUUUCCCCAUCGCCAAAACUCCACGGCGGCCACUGCGGCGCCAACACCUGGGGCUAUCCUACGCCGCAAGAUCCGGCUCCCAAAGAGCUUGUCUGUGGAGCAUUCGCAAGCUCUCAUCCAGAUUGCGUGGUGCCUGGUCAUCGUUUAUUAUACAGACGCUGAAGACGUUGUCAUUGGGCUGCUGAGCCUGCCGGGACAAAGGGGCGGCCAAGAUGAUGGCACAGCGUCCCGAGACUCGGAAGAGCGCACGCGGGGAGGGCGGGCGCCGGCAUCGAUGCCGUUCCGUUUCCACAUGCAGCCCCAACAGCCCAUCAUUGCGUGUCUCGAUGCGGUUUUGCGCCAUGAUCAGGACCUUGCACGGCAUCCGUUUGGGACGGACGACCUUGCCAGACUCGGUCCGGAUCUGGCUGAUGCCACCAACUUUGGCAACCAACUCAUCAUUCACGGCGAGGCCAACGCUGACGCCAACGCCGCCGACACGGACAUGGAGAUUCCCUUGGACCGGGCCAUCAACUUGGAGUGCACUUUGGCACGGACGGGGGUCACUACCCAGGUUGUUUACGACGACGCCAUCAUCAGUCGCACAGAGAUGCAGUGUGUUCUCACCACGUUUGCGCACCUAUUGCAGCAACUCGCUGAUCCCGCCAGCCUCGAUCCUGCCAGCAACAGGAGGCUAGGAGAUCUCAACCCCGCAAGUCCGGAUGACGUUGCCCGGGUCGCCGACUGGAACGAACAUGUCCCUUCGCCAGUUAACGACUGCAUGCAUCACAUGGUUGAGCGGAUGGCACAGCAGAGGCCGCUCGCUGAAGCCGUUUGCGCACACGGGCUGGGGGUGUCUCUUUCCUAUCAGCAGCUGGACAUCAUGGCUGACAAGCUUGCCCACCACCUUGUGGCAAAGGGGGCGGGGCCGGGGCACAUCGUUCCAUUCAUGUUCGAGAAGAGCCCAUGGGUCAUCCCGUCUUUGCUGGCCAUCAACAAGGCCGGAGCAGCGUUUGCACCGCUCGACCCAGCCCAUGACUGGCAAGAUACCCAGGGCCUUCUCCAGGCUUGCGAGGGCACUUUCGUUCUCUGCUCUCCUACGCACCAACACCGAUUUGCCGAGCACGGCGUGGACGCCGUGGUUGUCGAGCCAGCCCUGUUCGACAGCCUCCCGACUCUCGGCCGCGUCUCAGAAGUCUCAGAUCACCAAGUAGUCCGUCCCGCACAUCCAGGUUAUGUCAUCUUCACGAGUGGUUCCAGCGGGACACCAAAGGGCGUCGUUUGCGGCCACAGCGCCUGGUGCACCAACACGGCUGCUCACGGCCCUCGCGAGUUCCACAGCACCGAGACCCGUCUGCUCCAAUUCUCGGCCUACACCUUCGAUAUCAGCAUCACAGACAUCUUCACCACCCUGGCCUUUGGCGGCACCGUGUGUGUCCCGACAGAGCACGAGAGGCUCAGCGACAUAGCAGGAGCCAUCAACCGAAUGCGCGUGAACCACGCGGCUCUGACCCCUACCGUGGCUCGGUUCCUCCGCCCAAAGGCGGUGCCCACGCUCAAGGUGCUGGUCACGGGCGGAGAGGAGAUGCCCGAGGAAAUCAUGUCGCUAUGGGCCGGCGUGUGCCGCCUCGUCAACUCGUACGGGCCUGCCGAGUGCACAAGCCGCGUCGCGUGCUCGCUCAAGUCAGCCGGUGACACGCCGAGUAACAUUGGCACAAGGAUGGGCGCGGCACUGUGGGUCACGCGCAGCGACGACCCGACCUGCGUGGUACCUAUCGGUGCGGUGGGAGAGUUGCUCGUCGAAGGGAACAUCCUGGGCAAUGGAUACCUAAAGGACGACGAGAAGACCAGGGCCGCCUUCAUCGAUGCCCCCGAGUGGCUCAGGGGAAUGUAUCCCGAGCAAGAGGCUCGCAACACGCGGGUGUACCGCACUGGCGACCUUGUGCGACAGAUGCCUGACGGUUCCUUUGUCUUUGUUGGCAGACGCGACGCCCAGAUCAAGGUCCACGGUGUCCGGGUUGAGGCCGGGCACAUCGAGGCCAAGAUCAAGCGGGAGCUGCCCGAGGAUGCAAGGCUCGUCGUCGACAAGGUCAACAUUGCGGAAAAGCAGUCACUCGCCGCCUUCAUCAAGCUUCCCAACUCCGUGACGCCAGAGAACGGGGCGGAUAUGCAAUUGCUCCCGGUCGACGAUGCGAUUCGCGAGUUUGUCUACAACCUUCGCAGGACGCUCCUAGCCGCGUUGCCAUCCUAUAUGGUGCCUAGUCACCUCCUCGUGGUCAACACCAUCCCGCUUGGCGUUACUGGUAAGGUCAACAAGCGGGCAGUGCAAACAUUUGUCCGGAAUCUGUCGGCCGAGCAGCUUAACCAGUUCACCGGCUCCGCCAGCCCCGCUGCGGCAUCCAACGGGACAGUCGAGAAACCAUACACGGAGGCGGAAGCCGCCUUGAGCAAACUCUGGGCAGAGGUUCUCGGUGUUGACCCGGCCUCCAUCGGCAGGCAAGACACCUUCCUUGGCCUCGGCGGGGACUCUGUCUUGUGCAUGAAGCUGGUCUCGGAAGCCGCGACGACAGCUGGCCUGCGCUUCUCGGUGGCCGAUAUCUUUCAGUACUCCACAUUGGCAGAGCUUGGUCAAUUUGUCAGUGACGGAUCUGGAAAGAGCAAACCUGGAGCGGCCCCACCAUCCUUCGUGCCAGAGCCCACGGAACCCUUUGAGCUGGUCGGGGGGCUGCCCAGCUUCCUCCAACUCCGCGGAGAGCUCCGAAAGACAUACAAGCUUGCGGCAAACAGAGUUGAAGAUGUCCUCCCUGCGACUCCCAUGCAAGAAGGCAUGAUGGCCGAGACCGUCGCCCAUCCCGAGGCUUACAUCCUCCAAGAAGUCCUCCAACUCUCCAGGGACGUCGACACGGACAGGCUCCAGGAUGCGCUAGAGACCCUUGUCGAGGCAUAUCCCAUUCUGCGGACGUGCAUCGUGCGUCUUAAAGACCAUGGGACUUGUCAAGUGGUCCUUUCCGACAGCGAGCCGGUCGAAGUGGGUUUCUUCUCGGACGAUUUGCACGCAUUUUUAGCCCGAGACAAAAAGCAACACAUGGGCUAUGGGGAACAACUGAGCCGCUUCGCCAUCAUCUCCGACCCGGCCGGUGAGCAGGAGCGUUAUUUGGUGUGGACAAGCCACCAUGCCAUCACCGACGGACAUAUGCACCGGCUCGUGCUGCAGAGCCUGGAACGAGCAUACAACGACGAUGCGUUGGGCAUCCCGGAAAUCCCGGCAGCCAUCGGGUUCAGCCAGUUCGUCAAGUACUGCGUGGACCCGGACAAAAAGGCGGCAUCUCUGGACCAUUGGCGGAAGGAGUUUGCUGGAUUUGAUGGCAAUGGCAGCCAUUACCCCAGUUGUCCAGACACGUACGAGCCGUCCAUCGACAAGUACGUGUCCCAUCACACCCCGUUGUCCUUGGAGUCGACACCUUCGUCACGUUCGUCUGUCACGCCGGCGGUUCUGCUCCGCGCGUCGUGGAUGAUGGUGCUCUCGCAAGCCAACAAUUCAAGCGAAGUGGUCAUGGGCGUGACCCAGUCAGGGCGCGAUAUUGACCUCCCGGGAGUCCAUGAGUGCAUUGGGCCCUGCCUGGCCACGAUGCCAAUCCGCACAGGGAUCGACGGCAUCGACGGCACGGACUCCACCGAAGUCGCAUCCUUGUCGCAAUACCUGACCAAGGUGCAGCGGCAGUACGUCGAUGCGAUCCCCCAUCAGCACGUUGGCCUGCAGCACAUACGCAAGGCCAGUGACGAGUGUGCCAAUGCGGUGGGCUUCCGGAAUCUUCUCGUCGUCCAGCCCUCGUCCGCCAACGAUUCGAAACUUGUCACGGCCGUCGUCGAGGCUCGCAAUGCCGGGGACCAGCUCAACUUUGGACUGCUCCUCGAGUGCACCCUGUCGGCCGAGGGAGUCAACAUCCGAGCUGGAUUUGACAGCUCGCUCUUGUCGGAAAACGAGGUCGUCUUGUUGAUGCAGCGCCUCGAACACGUCCACCGCCAGCUGGGCAAAGCCGAGAACGGGGCGCUUCCACUGUCCAGCCUGGACAUGGUGAGCCCUCUUGAUCUACGCUUGCUCGAGAGCUUCAACCCCGACGUUCCUCCGUCGGACAGCUGCUUGCACUGGAUGAUUGAGGAACAAGCGCGCCGGCAGCCCGAUGCUCUGAUGGUGGACGCCUGGGAUGCUCGUCUGACCUACCGCGAGGCCAACGAGUACUCUGACCGGCUUGCUGGAGUGCUUGUGGAUCUCGGCGUCGGCCCUGAGGUCAUGGUUCCCUUUGCUUUUGAGAAGAGCGCGUGGGCGACGGUCGCAAUCCACGCCAUCCUCAAGGCAGGGGGUGCCUGUGUUGGUGUUGAUAUGGCUCACCCCCGCGAGCGGCACCAGCGGAUCAUGGUCGAUACCGAAGCCCGUGUCGUCAUCGCAUCCACGGCGUACGCCAGCAGCCUUGAGGGUCUUGGAGUGCAGCACAUUGUGGCUGUCGACCGCCACAUGUUGGACGAGUUGCCGCCCUUGACGUCUCGACAGCCAGCGAGCACCGCAGAGAGCACCGCAGUCAUCCCGGUCCCGGUCUCGCCGAGCAACGCUGCCUGGGUCGUCUACUCGUCUGGCUCUACCGGCGUACCAAAAGGAAGUGUUCUCGAGCACCGGUCCCUGUGUUCCACGUCGCGAACCAACUCGGAGGUCCUGGGCGUCGGACCGUCCACGCGAGCGAUACACUUUGCCAGCUACGCAUUCGACGUGGCCAUUGAGGAGAACGUCAUCAUCCCCAUGUACGGAGGCUGCGUUUGCAUUCCCUCGGACGAGCAGCGCCUCAGCAACCUGCCGGGGGUCAUGCAGAGCAUGGAGAUCAACUGGGCCGAUCUCACCCCGACCGUGGCCCGCCUCUUGUCCCCUGAAAACGCACCGUUCCUGCGCACCCUCGUACUCGGGGGCGAGUCGCUGACAAAGGACAUCAUCGACACCUGGGCGGGCCUCGACAACAUCCGGCUGUUCAACACAUACGGACCCUCCGAGUGCUCGAUCCAAUGCACCUCGAGCAAGGCCCUUGCCCGCGUCGCCACGGGCGCCAACAUAGGACAGCCAGUGAACUGCAAACUGUGGGUUGUUGAUGCCGAUGAUCCGCGUCGUCUACUUCCCGUCGGCGCCACAGGGGAGCUGCUGAUUGAAGGCCCCAUCGUCGGCCGUGGAUAUCUCAACCAGCCUGCCAAAACAGCGGCGGCUUUUAUCCAAGGGUUGCCCUGGGCUACCACCAAUACUAACGCGGACGGCCCCUCCAGACGGUUCUACCGCACCGGCGACCUGGCCAAGUUCAACCAUGACGGCACUCUGGACUGCCUAGGCAGGCAAGACAGCCAGAUCAAACUACAUGGCCAACGCAUCGAGCUCGGGGAAAUCGAGUACAACAUCACCAAACGACUGUCCGUCCCUGACGCCUCCCAGGUCGCCGUCGAGGCCUUCACCCCCGGUGGACUCCCACCGUCGUCUAGCCGCAACCUGCUGGCCGCCUUUAUCCAAUUCUCCGACACCGACAGUUCCCAUACCGCCAGCAGCUCUUCGGGGUUCAGCUCCUCGGGGUUGGCUGUCAUGGAUAUGAACGAGGCCCUGAGAAAGGAACUGCUCCGUAUCAAGUCCGAGGCGUCUCAGCACCUCCCCGUGUACAUGAUCCCGAGCCUGCUUAUUCCCUUGCACCGGAUGCCCACGAACACGUCGGGCAAGAUCGAUCGCAAGAGGCUCCGGGAAGAGGCCGGCAAGUUUGACCAGCGGCGCCUAGCGCUGUAUUCACUCUCCGAAACUGCUGCUCAAGCUGGGACAGCCCGGACGGGCGAGGGGCGGGAGGCCAAGGCUUCCUUUUCUUCCCCAUCCGAGCGCGCGCUUGCCGUUCUGUGGGCCGAGACGAUUGGGAUUGACUUGGAUGAAAAUCCCAUUGGGCCCGACGACAGCUUCCUGGAACUAGGAGGCGAUAGCAUCACGGCCAUGCAGCUAGUCGGCAAGGCCGCGGCGUCUGGGCUCGGAUUGUCCGUACCCCGCAUCUUGAAGGCGCCCAAGCUAAGGGACAUGGCGGCCGCCGCCGUGAUUUCAGACGAGAGAGCGCUGCUGGCACUUUCUCCCCCUGUUUCUCCCCCUGUUUCUCCCCCUUUGCCAUUGACCAUCCAACCCGUUACAAACACGGCAACGCAGUUAGAGCCGACAUCCGAACCGACAUCUCCUUGGAUGACACCUCCAGAGACGCCAACGCCACUCUCAGAGAUCCCGUUCUCACUCUCAGCGACGCCAUUCUCUGAGACACCAUUUUCUGAGAGGCCAUUUUUUGAGCAGGCUUAUUUCCCGUUCCAGCUAGUCUCCGGCAAGGACCAAAAGGUGUCUGUGGCUGAUAUUGUGGCGCUGGCGGCCAAGGCGUGCGAUCUGGACCGCGACCUUGUCCAAGACAUAUACCCGGCCACGCCUCUGCAAGAGGGUAUGAUGGCGCUCACCGCAGACAAGGCAGACUCGUACGUCCUGCGAGACGUGUACGAGCUGCCCGACGAGGUUGCAGUAGAAAGGUUCACAGCAGCAUGGGAUGCCGUCGCACGGGACAAUCCCAUCCUGAGAACUCGUCUGGUCUUCAUCCAAGGACUCGGCACCUGCCAGGUCGUUGUUGACGAGAAGAUCCCCUGGCACCAGGGUAAUAACCUGGAUGAGUAUCUCAGCAAGGACAGAAGCAGUCCCCUGAAUUACGGCACCUCCCUUGCUCGGUUUGCCAUUAUCGACGACGGCAAGCGCAAGUUCUUCCUUUGGACAGUCCACCACGCUCUCUACGAUGGCUACUCCAUGGACAUGACCCUUGCUGCCGUCGACCACGCUUACCAGAGCCAGACUAAUCUCGCCGUCCCUGGCGUGCUCGGCGUCCUCGACAGAGUCCACACCCGGCCGUUUGCAGAGUUCAUGGGCUAUCUCGGCAAGAUUGACAAGGAGACCCUGAAACAGUUCUGGACGCAUCAGCUCAAGGACCUCGAGACAUGUCCCUUUCCCGCGUCGCCACCGGGCCAUCGAUGUCAGGCGGACAAUACUGUUAUGUACUCGAUCCCGUUCUCACUCAAUCGCAAGACCGGCAUUACCAUGGCCACGCUCCUUAAGGCAGCCUGGGGUAUCUUGGUCUCGAGGCUGUCUGAGUCUCAUGAUGUGGUCUAUGGCGUCACCCAGUCUGGCCGGGAUCUGGAAUUGGCGGGCAUUGAGCGCAUCAACGGGCCUACUAUCACAACGGUUCCACUAAGGAUGAAGAUCGACGGACAGAGAUUUGUGCGGGAGUUUUUGAAGCAACUGCAGACGCAAACCGUCGACAUGAUUCCUUUCUCCCAUGUGGGGAUCCAGAACAUCAAGAACAUGAGUGGCGAUGCGACACACGCGGCCUGCGACUUCCAAAAUCUCCUGGUUAUCCAGCCCGGCGAGGAUGAACAAGAAUCGGCAUUGUUCAAGAAGCAUACGUCAGCCACCACAGCCAAUUACCUUGGCGGUUACGGGCUUGUCGUCGAGUGUGCGCUCGAAAGCGGCGAAAUUGUCUUCUCGGCGCACCACGAUUCCAGCGUCAUCUCCUCUCCCCAGCUGGAGAGGGUCCUGCGACAACUGGAACACCUCCUGCAUCAGCUCCAGGCGCAUAGCACCGACAAGGGGACCGGCCGCAUUCGGGACUUGGACAUGUUUUCGCCGGCAGACCGCGCGGACCUAGUGGCGUGGAACAGCAAUUUCCCCAAGGUUAUCAACGAGUGUAUCCACGAUAUCAUUUCUCGAAACGCCGCGGCCGCGCCUUCGAGUGUGGCUAUCGCUUCGAGCGACGGCGGGAACAUCACCCGCCAAGAGCUAGAGGAGCUCAGCAACCACCUCGCCCACCAACUGCGCGAUCUCGGGGUCGGCCCAGAGGUGCUUGUCCCCAUUUGCAUCGAAAAGUCACCCGAGGCCAUCAUCGCCAUGCUCGCCAUCCAAAAGGCCGGCGGAGGCUUCGUCCCGCUGAACCCCACGGACCCCAAGGACCGGCUGCUCGACCUUUUGGACCAGGUCGCAGCGACCGUGGUGAUAUUUUCGGAGCACACUGAGCACCUCUGCUCUGACUUGGUGUCCUCGGACGACGAUGCAAACAACAAUAAUAACAUAUCGCCCGUUGUGCUGCCCAAGACGUUAGCGCAAUGGGCCCCGUUAAAGACGGAGCCCGUCACGUCGUCGGGGAUUAAACCAUCCAACCUGGCGUAUGCCUUGUUCACCAGCGGAAGCACGGGCAGGCCAAAGGCAGUCAUGAUCGAGCACGUCGCCGUCAGCUCCAGCACGUAUGGCCACGGCAUGGCCAUGGGAUUUGCCGACUUCCCACGUCGGACGGUUCAGUUCGCAAGCUACACCUUUGACGCCUGCAUCGCCGAGAUCUUCACGGCACUACAUUUUGGCGGCUGUAUCUGCGUCCCCACCGAGCACGAGCGUAGGAACGACUUGUCCAGGUUCAUCCGGGACAUGCAAUGCGACUGGGCCUUCUUCACACCGUCGUUUGUGCGGCUGCUACAGCCCGACGAUAUCCCGUCCAUGAAGACGGUGGUGCUGGGCGGCGAAGCACUCAACCAAGAGUGCAUUGACGUGUGGGCUGACAAGGUGCACCUGAUGAACGGAUAUGGUCCGACCGAGACAUGCGUCUUUACCGUGACCCGCACUAUGGCUGGCACUAUGACUGGCCCCGGCGCUCGGCCCGAGACGAUCGGCCAUCCGGUCAGUUCUAUUGGGUGGGUUGUCGACCCCAACGACCAUCACCGCUUGACACCCGUCGGUUGUGUCGGCGAGCUGUUGAUCCAGGGGCCUAACGUGGCUCGCGGCUAUCUGGCCAAUCCCGAAAAGACGGCCGAGUCGUUCGUCCAGAGCCCCAAAUGGAUGCGGGCAUUUGGCCACACGAACACGGCGCAGCUCUUGUACAAGACGGGUGAUUUGGUGCGGCAGGAUGCCGAAGACGGCUCGUUGACGUAUCUCGGGCGCAAGGACAAUCAGACCAAGGUCAACGGGCAGCGGUUGGAGCUCGGUGAAAUCGAGACUCAACUUAGGACCCGGGGCGACAAGGUCGAAUCCGCCGUGGUUCUGGCGACCAAGGCAAAGACUCAGCAAAAGCUUGCCGCAUUUGUCCAGUUCUCAUUGGAGUCCAACAUGGAGCAAGACAGAGACACAGUGAUGAUGGAGGUCGAUGAUGCCAUGGUAGGCCGCCUGCAGCAGCUGGAGAGCACUGCGCGCGCCGCUCUGCCCAGCUACAUGGUGCCUUCACUGUGGAUUCCCGUCACGAACAUGCCGACCCUUGACGCCAGCGGCAAGACGGACCGCAAGACGCUGGCCAGUUUGCUCGGCAACUUGACGCCCGCCCAGACCACCAUGUACUCGCUUGGCACGACGACUCAAGAACAAGAUUCGGCAGGCCAACAAGAGGCCGAGACGGGUUUGGAAAAGACGCUGGUCGAACUCGUUGCCCGUAUCCUAGGCCUGCGCGCCGAAGAUAUCGGGCGACAUGACAGCUUCUUCCGGCUUGGCGGGGAUUCCAUCACGGCCAUCCAACUUGUGGCUUCUGCAAGGGCCGCCGGCAUAACCCUUUCCUCGGAGGCCAUCUUCCGCCGGCCAAGCAUAUGCGACAUGGCCAUGUCCGCCGAGCUGGCCCGAGGCGGCGCUCUUGGUAACCCUAACUCUAAGAUCGACCCCUAUUCCCUGGUGCCAGUCGGCAAACGCACCGAACUCCUCAAUGCAGUCGAGCGCAAGUACGGGAUUGAGAAGUCGUCUGUCGCUGACUUGCUACCCUGCUCUCCUCUCCAAGAAGGCCUGAUCUCCCUGACUAUCCAAGACCCUGAGGCGUAUGUGCUUCGGGAGAUCUACCGCCUGCCGACCAAGAUGGACAUGGACCGCUUCAAGUCGGCCUGGGAAUCGGUGGUCAAGGACGCCGAGGUUCUCCGCACGCGCAUCGUCCACUUGGACGAAAACGGCUGCUAUCAGGUUGUCAUGAACCAGGACGGGAUUCCGUGGCACAACGCAAGCAAAGUGCAGGAGUACAUCGACCACGACAAGGCGCAGCUAUUUGAGUACGGUGCGCCCUUGGCGCGCUUUGCCCUCGUCGAAACCGAGAACACGGGGUGUUACUUCGUCUGGAGCAUACACCACGCCCUGUACGAUGGGUGGUCCAAGACGCUCAUCAUGAAGCACGUCCAAGAGGCGUAUAACCUGGAAAUCUCGCCUGAGCCGCCUCAGCCUUCUCAGCCUGCUCCCGCGACGAAUCCCACGCUCGCGCCCUACAACCGCUUCAUCGAAUACCUGCAGCGAACCAACCCGAGCGACUCCCACAAGUUCUGGAAAGCGCAGUUUGACGGUCUCGAGGCCCAGCCUUUCCCCCGCCCCCCGUCGGCUUCGUUCAAGCCCAUCCUCGACGGCACCCUGACCAUCAAGAUCCCGUGGGCCCGGACAACGGCAGCAAGCCAGUGGACCACGGCCACCGUCCUCAAGGCCGCCUGGGCUCUGGUCCUCUCUCGGCACACGGGAGCGCCCGAUGCGCUCUUCGGUGCCGUGCAAAGCGGCCGCAACGUGCCCAUCCCGGGCAUCUCAGACAUGAUCGGCCCAACCAUCACCACCGUGCCGAUGCGGAUCCGGGUGCAGGGUGAGAUGCCGCUGGCCACCUUUCUCAAGACGCUGCAGGAUCAGGGCACCGACAUGAUGCGCCACGAGCACCUGGGGCUUCAGAAUAUUUCCAAGAUCAGCGCCGAGUGUCGCGAGGCCUGCGCUUUUACCAACAUCAUGGUCAUCCAGCCCGGGCAGCAAGGAGGCCAGGCGGAAUCGGAGCUGGACCUCAUGGGCGCGACGCGUAUCGAGGACCAGGAUAAGGGAUUCCUGCGGUUCAACCUGGGCUUGGAGUGCGCACUCGAGAACGACGCCAUUUCGGUCACCGGGGGGUACGAUCGACGCUUGCUGUCCGGAGCCCAGAUGCGCCGGCUGCUCCGGCAGUUUGAGACAGCCAUCCUCGACAUCAACGACAAGAAUAACGAGGAGGGCGAGAAGGGCGCUUUGGUCCGGGACAUCAACCUCGUCAGCGCUGAUGAUCUGGCCGAGAUGGCCGAGAUGGCCAAGAUGAACGAGACGCCAUCCGACGACGACGACGACAUUCAGAACAUUCAGGAGUGUACCCACGACGUGAUCCACCGCGUGGCCAUGGAGCGCGGUGGUGCCAUGGCGGUCAAUGCCUGGGACGUCGACUUCCAAUACAUCGAGCUGGACCAGCUGUCGACCAAGCUGGCGUACCAUUUGAGGUCGCUGGGCGUGGGCCCCGAGUCGGUGGUCCCGCUGUGCUUUGAGAAGUCGGGAUGGGCCGUCGUGGCUGUUUUGGGCGUGCUCAAGGCCGGCGCAGCGUUCGUGUUCCUCGACCCGGGUUAUCCGAUGGCCCGUCUGAGCGGCAUCGUCAGACAGGUCAACGCUAGCGUCAUCCUCGCUUCUCUGGGCCAGGCACCGCUCUGGCGUGGCUCCCACAUUCCCGUCGUGGUCAUUGACAAUGUGUCAAUCGAAUUGCUGCCCUCUUCCAUCUCCGGCGAGAUCGAUUCCGGCGUCAAGCCGUCCAACGCCGUGUACCUCAUCUUCACCAGCGGAUCGACGGGCGAGCCCAAAGGGUGCGUCAUCGAGCACCACAGCUUCCUCACGUGUGCCAGGGCGCAGGCUUCCCGCACGCACAUGACGCGCAGCAGCCGGGUCCUCCAGGGUGCCUCGUAUUCUUUCGAUGUCAGCGUCAUGGAGAUGCUGACAGCCCUGAUGGUGGGCGCCUGCGUCUGUGUGCCCAACGACAGCAUCCGGAAGCGCAGUGCCGUGGAUGUCAUCAACGACUUCCGCAUCACCUGGACCUUCUUGACCCCGUCCAUCGUCAAGUUCAUCAAGCCAGCCGACAUCCCGCACCUCAAGACGUUGGUCCUGGGUGGCGAAGCCCUGACGAGACAGAACAUUCGGACGUGGGCGGGACACCUGCGACUCAUCAACGGCUACGGGCCGAGCGAAUGCACGAUCGCAGCGGCGGUCCACGUCAUCACCCAUGCCGAGGACGACCCGGCCAACAUCGGAAAGGCGCUCGGGGGCCUAUGCUGGAUCACGGACCCGGACGACCACAACAAAUUGGCGCCGCUUGGUACCAUAGGAGAGCUCGUAGUGGAGGGCAACAUUGUGGCGCGCGGCUAUCUAAACAAGCCUGAAAAGACGGCCGAGGUUUUCAUCGAGAACCCAGCGUGGGUGGAACAACUGCCACUGCCGGACGGCCGUGGUAGUGGUACGCGAAGAGUGUACAAGACCGGCGAUCUUGCUUACUUCAGCACGGAUGGCGAUAUCAUGUUCAUGGGCCGGAAAGACGCGCAAGUCAAAGUCAGAGGCCAACGCAUGGAACUGGGGGAAAUCGAAACCCACCUGACGCGCGACAAGAAAAUCCAGCACGCCAUGGUCGCGUAUCCAGCAUCCGGCCCAUGCAAGCGGCAGCUCGUCGGCAUCCUCUCGUUUGAGCGCCUCGGCGCCACGACUAACUCCAGCGGCGAGGUCGUGCUGGUCGACCCGACGCUGGCGGUCGCCGAGAACGUCACGGCCGAGGUGGCCGAAAUGGCCCGGCAUCUCUCAACACAAAUCCCCUCGUACAUGAUGCCCGAGAUCUGGGUCGUCGUGCAGAGCUUCCCGCUCCUCCUCUCGGGCAAGCUCAACCGCAAGCGCGUCGACCAGUGGCUGGCGUCGUUGGACAAGGCCACCCACCAGAGAAUCUGCGGCAUUGGCGCCAGCUUCCGCGUUCAGCAGCCGUCCACGCAGGCCGAGCAGCUGAUCCACAAAGUCUGGGUCGACAUCUUGAAGCUGCCGGCCGACGAGGUGGGCGUCACGCAGGAAUUCACCACGCUGGGCGGCGACAGCAUCCUGGCCAUGCUCGUCGUGGCCAAACUGAAAGCGCUCGCUCUCCGCGUCACCAUGACCGACGUGGUCAGCGCACGGACUAUUGCCGGGCUCGCGGCGCGGAUCACGCGGAUUGGUGGCGACAAGCUCGGUGCCAUAACCCUAACCCCCUCUGCGCAUGCGCAGGUCCCCGAAGAGACCGGCGAGUUGUUCGAUCUGUCGCCCAUGCAGCAAUUCUAUGCCAACUUCGCCCUGAAGGAUGAUUACCUGUCCCAGCAGACCAACAAGAACUUCAACCACACCUUCUGUCUCGCGGUGAAGCAGCCCCCACUCUCGGCUGAGGCUGUCCGCGGCGCGUUUGAGGCCCUGGUCAAGCGCCAUGGCAUGCUCCGUGCUCGGUUCCAGCGCGAUGCGGCAGCCGCCUGCGGUUGGCGGCAGUAUAUCUCCGCCGAUGCAGCCGGCUCCUUCCGCUUCCGCAACUGGGAGAAUGUCACGGUCAAGAAGAUCAAACCCGCUCUCGAAGAAGCCCGGCAGGGCCUGGACAUCGAGACAGGCCCGCUCAUGGCGGUCGAUCUGGUGACGGUGAGCAAAGACAAAGACGGCGAACAGUACUUGAUGAUCGUCGCCCACCAUCUCGUCGUCGACCUCGUCUCCUGGAACACCAUCCUCGGCGACCUCGAAGCCUACCUCCGGACCCAGUCGUUCGCCAGUGAAGCACCAUACCCCUUCUCGGCCUGGGCCAGGGAGCAGCAGCAGUACGCCAUCCAGAACUUCCCGCCAUCCAAAGCCCUGCCCAGGCUCGUCCCGUCCGCCGACUACAAUUACUGGGGCAUGGAGGACCGCGCCUGCAUCGCGCGCGACGCUGCGCACUACACGGUAUCGCUCUCGAAGCGCGACACCACCACGCUGCUCACGACCUGCAACAGGGUGUACGGCGCCGAGCCCAUGGACGUGCUGUGCUCAUCGCUGGCUCACUCGUUCCGCUACGUCUUUCGUGACCGGCCGCCGCCGACCGUGUUCCGGUACGGCCACGGGCGCGAGCAGCUCAACAACAACCAGGCCGGCGACCCGUCCUCGGGCACUGUCGGCUGGUUCACAACACUAUCACCAAUCCAGGUAUCCGUGCCCAAGCGCAAAGAUGACAGCAUCUCGGUCCUGCAGCGCACCAUCGAAGCCCGCGAGUCGUUGCCCGUCAACGGCCUGGCCUUCUUCGCCUCGCGCUACCACCACCCGGCCGGACCCAGCGCGUUCGGCGCCCUCGACCUCAUGGAGGUCAGCGUCAACUACCUCGGCGUCUCCGACAACCAGCAGCGGGGCGGCAGCAGCAGCAGCGCAUCAUCGCUUUUCGACAUGAGCAACGCCAUCCAUGGCGGCCUAGGCGCCGACGAGCACGAGGUCAAAGCCUUUUCGCUCUUCUCCAUUUCCGCUGAGGUUAAAGACGGUAAAUUCACCAUCCAGUGUUCGUGGAGCAAGAAGUCGCGGCGCCAGACUUCGAUUCGGGAAUGGUUUUACGAGUAUGGGAAUGCCCUGAAGGACGUUGCCCACCAGGUUAGGAAACGCACCAAGGAUGAGCGUAAGCCUGGUAAAUGGGAUUGA